CAGAAAGAUUCAAACUUGUACCCGUCCAUAUUUCAGCUUAUGAAUUUAUGCGCAAACUGCCAAAGAAUUUGUUGUUCCAUGAAGAUAUAAUGACAUGUGCCAUCUAGUACAAUAUUCCAACAGGAGCCAAAACGAACUUCUUAGUCGGUCUCCUCCCUCGCUUCCUCUCUGCCACCUUCCAUAAACUCCAUGUCGUCUCCACCAAGUCUCCGCCUCUAACGAACUACAGGAUUUGCCAAACCAACACGUACAGCGAGGGCCAGAGGCCCCAAGAAACACGGCGAUGGCGAUCCACGUCCAAGGCCACGAGAGGAGGCUCGCCGCCGUGGCGUGCCUGGUGGUGACCAUGGCGAGCUUGGCAUCGGCACGGUUCAUCGUGGAGAAGAACAGCAUCAAGGUGCUGUCCCCGCGCUCGCUGCGCGGCCACCACGAGGCCGCGAUCGCCAACUACGGGGUCCCCGACUACGGCGGCACGCUGACGGGCGUGGUGCUGUACCCGGACGCGAAGCUGGCCACGGCCUGCAAGCCGUUCGGCGGCGAGAAGUUGAGGUCCCCGUCGGGCCGUCCCGUGGUCCUCCUCGUGGACCGCGGGGGCUGCUACUUCGCGCUCAAGACGUGGCACGCGCAGCUCGCCGGCGCGGCGGCCGUGCUGGUGGCGGACAGCGCCGACGAGCCGCUGCUGACGAUGGACAGCCCCGAGGAGGAGACCCCCGACAUGGCGUUCCUCGCCAACAUCACGGUGCCAUCCGCGCUGGUGUCCAAGAAGUUCGGCGACGCCCUCCGCCUCGCGGCGUCCGACGGCGACAAGGAGGAGGAGGUGGUGGUGCGGCUGGACUGGCGCGAGUCGAUGCCGCACCCCGACGAGCGGGUGGAGUACGAGUUCUGGACCAACAGCAACGACGAGUGCGGGCCCCGGUGCGACGAGCAGGCGGCGUUCGUGCGCGCGUUCCGGGGCCACGCGCAGCUGCUGGAGAAGGGCGGCUACGCGCUCUUCACCCCGCACUACAUCACCUGGUUCUGCCCCGACGCGUUCCUGGAGACGCCGCAGUGCAAGGCGCAGUGCAUCAACCGCGGCCGCUACUGCGCGCCGGACCCGGAGGGCGACCUGCGCGCCGGCUACGACGGCAAGGACGUGGUGGUGGAGAACCUCCGGCAGCUCUGCGUGCACCGCGUCGCCAACGCCUCCGGCCGCCCCUGGGUGUGGUGGGACUACGUCGUCGACUACCACCUCCGCUGCUCCAUGAAGGACAACAAGUAUAGCAGCGCCUGCGCCCAGGACGUCGUCCGAUCACUCGGCUUGCCGAUGGACAAGAUCGACAAGUGCAUGGGGGAUCCCGACGCCGACGCCGAGAACGACGUGCUUAGGACGGAGCAGAUUGUUCAGGUCGGCCAUGGAGCUCGAGGGGACGUGACGAUCCUGCCGACGCUGGUGAUCAACAAUGUGCAGUAUCGAGGCAAAUUGGAAAGCACUGCGGUUCUCAAAGCGAUCUGUGCUGGGUUCAAGGAGUCCACUGAACCUCAUGUCUGCCUGACGCCCGGCAUGGAAACUGACGAGUGCCUCAACAACAACGGCGGCUGCUGGCGCGACGAGAAGACCAACGUCACCGCCUGCAAGGACACUUACAGAGGGAGGAUCUGCCAGUGCCCUGUGGUGGAUGGCGUUCAGUACCAAGGCGACGGGUACACCGACUGCAAAGCCGUCGGGCUGGGGCGGUGCGCCAUGGACAAUGGAGGGUGCUGGAAGGAGACGAGACAAGGGAAAACUUUCUCUGCCUGCUCGGAUCCAGAGUUGAGCGGAUGCAAGUGCCCGCCGGGGUUCGAGGGCGACGGCUUCCAUUGCCAAGACGUCGACGAGUGCAGGGACAAGUUGGCGUGCUCCUGCCCGCACUGCUCGUGCAAGAAUAUGUGGGGCGGCUUCGACUGCAAGUGCAACAGUGGCAUGAUCUACAUCAAGAACGAAGACACCUGCAUUGCCAAGGAGAUGUCGGCGUUCGGGUGGCUCGUCACCGCCCUGGUCCUGUCGUGCGUCGCCGGCAUCGGCAUCGCGGGAUACCUGUUCUACAAGUUCAGGCUCAGGCGAUACAUGGACUCGGAGAUCAUGGCGAUCAUGGCGCAGUACAUGCCCCUGGACAGUCAGCACAACGAGAACCAGCCGCUGAGGACGGAGGAGGCCCAGCAAGCGUAGCUAGUUAUCCAAAGCCAUCAUCCACGGAGUUUUGAGAUUUGUAAAUGUUGCCCCACAAUGGCACAAUGUACAUGACAGCGGUUCACACAGAUCUUGCACGUUCUGCAUCUGUUACAGAGAGGUAUACACAGGUAUAGAGAAAGAAACAUAGAUUAGAUGAUGAGACGUGAUCAGUUAAGUGGUGUAUAAAAUUUGAGAUGGUGCUGUAUGUAGAGUUAUAAACUGCAGACCGACAGGCUGUAGAAAUACGCUUGUGAUGCAUAAGAUAUGCUACCAUAUCAGAUCGGCUAGUUUCAAAAUUGAUUUA